AGUUGUGAAGCAAGAAAUUGCCGUCGUCAGAGAAGAGAACGUCAAAAUGGAAGAUACAAGCUGUACAGACAGCUGUAGUCUUGAUAGUACAAUCAAAACCGAAGUUGAAAUACUUGACUAUGAAGAACUCAAAAGAAGGUGUUCAUGGUCUUUAGGAAGCAUCGUCUGGGCUAGAUUUGGACAGUAUCCAUUUUGGCCCAGUGUCGUUACUCUUGAACCAGAAACUAGAACAUAUGUGGCACAAAAAGGUAGUAAAUCUAAAUACAAAUAUUGUCAAGUACAUGUCCGGUUUUGUGCGGACAAGGGACGACACAAUUGGGUAUCUUCAGCAAACUUAAUUACAUUUGAGGGACUCGCCGAGUUUGAAAAAAUUGGCAAAGAAAUAACUUCGGAAACAAAGAAAAAAGAACCUAAGUAUGCAGCUGCUUUUGUUAUAAAACCAUCAAUAAAAUUACAGUGGGAUGAUGCUGUAAAUGAAGCUAUUAGGUUAAAGUCCUUAAGUGUUGAAGAAAUAAACGAGAUUUUCCAUCCUGAUUAUAAAAGAAAAAAACUUUUGAACAAAUCUUUAAGCCUAUUAUUAGAAGAUGAUAAGACAAGAAAAAGUUUGCUAAAUGGAAGUUUCACUGAUGAUGAUAAUGUUAAAAAAAAGAGAAAGAUUUCGAUCAAUGACAUCGUGCCCAAAAAAUUCAAAGCUAAUGGUGAGUCUCAAGAAACGAAUGGCAAUAUAAAUUUAGAGACACCACCGACCCCUCCAUCCAGUCACAAAGACUCGAGUGACGAAGGUUCAACAGUUAAAACAGGCAAAGAUCGACAGUUAGCUGUCGAGGGAAUAUUCGAAAUAUUUUGCGAGCGUGAACGAGAAAGUGCAGAAAAGCUUGAUCCUAAUGCAAACGAAAAUAACAUCAGAGAAUAUCUGAAAAAAAUGUGGGAUCUCAUGUCUCUUCAAGACCGAAACAAAUACCGUGCCGACUAUCUCGAAGAUGAGGAAGUAAAGUUUUAUGGAAUAGAAAGAGAAGAAGAUGAGGAAGAAGAUGACGAGGUGUAUUCUGAGGCUGAUAAGUCCGUUGGCAGGUCUCGUACGAAAAACGACGUUGAAGAAACCACCUCAAUUGAGUCAGAAAGCCUCGAAAAAUUGGUACGGAAACGGAAACCGAAGCGACGAAAUUCCUCAGACCGAGACGAUGCAGUUUCGGUUGAGUCGGGAGAAAAGCCAGUGAAAAAACGCAAAUACAAGCACGACGAUCAAGAUUCGUCAUCUCUGUUGCAAGAAGCAGCCAAGCGAGUACGGCCAUACAAGCUACUCUUCAAGGGCUUUAAAAACGAGCGUGUCUGUCAAAUAUGUGAAAAGCCGGGAAAACUUAUACGUUGCCGUGGACCCUGCUUUUCAUACUUUCAUCCGGCGUGCGUCAAGCCAGGUGAGUCGAGUCCUGAACCAAGUGAAGCUGGUGACCUUGAAAAUUUAAAAGCCAUCUGUGGCAACGAUGCCUACAACGAAGACUUACGUGAAAUCAAAGAGAAAUUACGAGAGAACAAACAGCAGCAGCGUGAAACCGAAGAGGGAGAAAAGACCGAAGACGAGAAUUUUAAGUGCAUAGAUUGUCUGUCGGCCAUAGCCCCGGCCUGCUUCGUUUGCCACGAACGCGAUGGUGAGCGCAUCAAAUGCUCGGUACACGCUUGUGGCAAGCACUAUCACAUGCAAUGCCUCAAAGCCUGGCCUCAAAGUCACUGGCAAGGGGGAAGGCUUACCUGUCCGUAUCACAUGUGUCACAUUUGUAUCUCGGACAACCCGCAAAACGGACACCCCAGAUCCAACUACGAAAGAUUCGCUCGUUGCGUCAGGUGUCCCUCAACUUAUCAUGCCUCCAUUUCUUGCCUACCAGCAGGUUCCUGUAUACUCACUGGAAGUCAAAUAAUUUGUCCAAAACAUUACGAAUCUGCUCAACCACCGGUCAAUGCUACUUGGUGCUUCUUAUGUACCAAAGGUGGAAGCUUGAUCUGCUGUGACACAUGUCCUAUGUCGUUUCAUGUGGAGUGCUUAGGUAUCGACACUCCCGAAGGCGGUUUUAUUUGCGAAGAUUGUGAAACUGGAAGAUUACCACUCUAUGGAGAAGUUGUAUGGGUAAAACAUGGCAAUUACAGGUGGUGGCCAUCCAUUAUAUGUUAUCCCGGAGAAAUACCUCCAAUCGUUGCUCAAAAAUCUCAUAAAACAGGUGAAUUUUGCGUAAUGUUUUUGGGAACAAGAGAUUACAAUUGGGUUCAUAGAGGAAAAGUUUUCUUAUUCCAAGAAGGAGAUGCAAAUGCAAAAGUGAUAGGUAACAAGAAAGUGGAAGACUCUUACAGAAGAGCUAUGGAAGAAGCCAAAGUGUUUCAUAAGUAUCUCAUGUGCGAGAAAGCUAUGGCAAAAGCUGCAGCUGAAAAAAGAAAUAGUGGUUCUCACAGACACCUCAAACCUCCUCAUUACGUUAAACUUCGAGUGAACAAGCCAGUUGGUAACGUAAAAAUUCUACAGCCUGAUAGUAUUGUCGCUUGUAACUGCGAUCCAAAUAAACCAAAUCCAUGCUCUCUUGAGUCAGACUGCUUGAAUCGAAUAUUGAUGAUCGAGUGCAGUCCAGAUGCUUGUCCUGCUGGCACGGCUUGUCAAAAUCAAAUGUUUGUACAGCGUAAAUAUCCAAAUAUGAAACCAUUCCACACAGACGAGCGUGGCUGGGGUUUAAAAGUGCUUGAGUCCGUUAAGGAAGGUCAGUUUGUGAUCGAGUACGUGGGUGAAGUUAUCGAUGAGGCUGAAUAUAGGCUAAGAUUAGAGCAGAAAAAGGAACGGAAGAACGAAAACUACUAUUUCCUAACCAUCGAUAACUCUAGAAUGAUUGAUGCAGAGCCAAAGGGAAAUUUGAGUCGAUUUAUGAAUCAUUCCUGUAUGCCAAAUUGUGAGACUCAAAAAUGGACUGUAAAUGGUGAUACACGAAUUGGAUUGUUUGCCUUACGCGACAUAGAGCCCGGUGAUGAAUUAACGUUUAAUUAUAACUUAGCCUGUGAUGGAGAGACGAAAAAGCCAUGUCUUUGCAAGGCUCCGAAUUGCAGUGGCUUCAUAGGUUUAAAAGUUCCUAAGCAAACGAUAAGCAUAGCGCAGCAGAAGAACAUUGAGAAGGCUGAAAAAGUGAAAAAGCAAAGAAAGUACAAAAGAGUCUUGAUGUGUUGGAAUUGUAAUUUAAAAAUUGACAAUGCCAACGAGGCAUUUAAAUGUGAUCAGAAAACUUGCGGAAAAUAUUACCACCCACAUUGCAUAGCAAUUGAAGAUGGUCCUGAUCAAACUUUUCACUGUCCAUGGCAUUUUUGUGCAGAAUGUUACAAGCGAACUUCGAUACGCUGCAGUUACUGUUGCAACGCUUUUUGCCAACCUCACACGUAUGGUAAUCUACGAGAGCAUCCUGAAAACGGAACAUUGGUCUGCUAUAAUCAUCCAGCUGAACUAACGGAAUGCUAUGACAUGGAUGUAGGCGAGGCACUCAUGGACGACGAUGGCGAGACUGAUGAUGACGUUGUAAUUACGUACGAAAAUUACAUGGUUAAUUGCGGCUUCGAGAGUGGCCAGGUGUCUGAACUCUUGAGCACAUCAUCCAAAGUUUCUUCUUUAUCAAUACCGGCACUGGAUAUUCCAGUUACGGCUACAACACCUGUUUCCGUCGACGAGAGAUCGCCGAGAGGCGCCAUCGUCGAGAUCCAACCAAGCAGCGAAGACGAUGAUAAUGAGCAGCAGGCCAGUAGCGAGGGAUCAACCAAUGACGGUGGCAAAGUCGACGCGUCCACGAGCGCCAAACUCAGGAAGCGCCGGAAACGUGUCACGGGCAGCGGCAAAAAGUCAACAGUCGACGAGAACUUCACCGUCGACCAGAUAGCUGCGAUAAUCGGUAUAAUCAAGUGAGCCCGGCGAUUAACCGAUUCCUUGCUCUCCUCGUACGACCCCAAGCGCAAAAAGCAAUGAAAAGUUGCAGGACAUAACACAAUGAUGGACAUGACGAUGGAUGCGACUCCUUGGUUUUUCCUUUUUUUUUUCUUUUUUUUUUUUCUCCGUACAACGUCUAGAAAAACACGCGAGUCGAGAAUGAGUUUACAGACGAUGAACGUCUCUUAAAACUCAUCGAUCAUGUGUAUUAUAGCGCUAAACGAUAUACGAUUGGACGACGGGCCUCUUUCUCUCACUAUUUCCGACACUCGCUGGCAAUGUGCUGCACGUGUGCGCUCCCAGUUGCGUGAUUAUCUGGAAAAGUGAUUGGAUGUUUUUUUUAAUACGAAAGAUUUGAUUUUUUUAUAAUUGUUAGUUUUUUUAACGUAAGGAAGAUAUAAAUCUUAUAUGAUUCGCACUUUGUACUCGAUGUUGCAUUGAUUUUUAUAAAAAUCGAACAUAGUCGAGAGUGAAGACUACUUUUACUACUAUAUGGAUAUGAUUGUAUUAGAUUUUUUAUUACCAAUAAGUAUAAACCGAUCAUCGCAAUAGUCAUUUUGUUAGAUUUACGUGCUUACUUAUGUUAUGCUUAAUUUUUGUAGCUAGACACUUUACUGUGAAUCAUGAAAUAUGGUAAAAUGUAUAAUUUAUAGUUUUUAAUUUAGCAGGAAAAUCAUUUUAGUGAUUUGCAUUUUAUACUAGAGGCUUAUAUACUGCUAAUUAUAAAACUUGUAUAUAGAAUUUUUUUUUUUUUUUUUUUU